UAGAAUAGAAUUCACGUGGCGUUGGAAUAUUCAUAAUAAAGAGUUUCUAAAAAAAACGUAGACGAGCUAGAAAUGAAUCGGUCGACAGUACCAGCGUUCAGCUUCCACCACCAUCACCGAGUCUACGCACCAACAAAAAGACGAGCUGACAAAUAGAUUCUCCAGUGUUUCAGUUCGCUUCUGCCAUGCCAUUAACUCUGCCUCCAAUCCAAUAUUUCUUCACUAUUCUCUCGUUUAAAAGUACCGCAGCUCACCUUCCCCACUUCAAAUCCUCUCCUUUUUUUCUUCACAUCCCUCUUAAUCAUGGCCUGUCCUUCCAAGCCGUCGCCUACCGGCAGCGGCCGGUGGCUCUCUGACAUCCUGGCGGAGCAACAGGAGCCCUUCUUGUUGGACCUCUACCUCAUUGAGAAAGGUCACCACGAGAGCCUCCCAACGCCACUCUGCUGGACCACCAAGAGGCUUACCAGAAAGCAUGGCCUCGGCACAUUUCAGCUCCUCAAGUGCAUGCUCACCAAGUUUCUCCAUGGGAAAGCCUUGAACUGGGGCGAGAAAAAGAUCGUCCUUCCCUUGCACCACCUACCUUCUCCUGUCUCCGUGGAUGAGUCGAAGCAGCUCAGCCCUGUCUCUGUUCUUGACCUGCACUCCAGUGGAGAUGACUCUCCUGCUCAUUUAAAUUCCACAGAUGCACAAGAGAUAAAAGAUUUUAAUGUCUUCCAAGAGUUGCUUGAGCUGGCUUGCUGUUCAACCUUCGCCGACCCGGCUGCUAACUCAGGGAAACAAUUUGAUGAGGCAGAGGAAUUCGUGUUGAACAAUGAGAAAGAUGACAAAAGCAUCCUACAUUGCCAUGGAAGUUUAGCCCCUGAGAUUGCUGAUGAGACUCUCCACUUGACAUCUACAGAGAUGUCCAAUACCAGGAGGAAAUGGUAUGAGUUGCAACCUCAUGUGAGAGAGAUUGGAUUUGAUUUAGAAGCAGUCAUCUUCCAUGAUAUCAGAGAAGAUGUAAUCCUAGAGAUGCUAGACUUUUUGGUGUAGAUGUGUAGGAGGUUACUUAAAAGUACACAUAUUGCAGCUUUUGCAUAGUUUCAGAAAUAUAAUGAUAGCUAAUGAAGGGACCACAAAAUCACUCUCAAAAUGCAUUCAAAAAAUGGUAGGUGUCUACUCUUAUCAUUGAAGUCUCAACCACCAGGCACAUAUAUACAGUGCAUGCCACAGCAAACAGAUUGGCUUCUUGAUGAGCAAAUGAAGUAAC